CGCGCGCAGGCUCGGCAUGCCGGCAACUCUCCGCAAGCAGCGGCAGCGCUGCCGCUGCUCGCGGAGAGGUCCGCGAAGCCUGGGCGCGCUGAUCUCAGCGCGCGCAGGCGGCGGCAUGCCGGCAACUCUCCGCAAGCAGCGGCAGCGCUGCCGCUGCUCGCGGAGAGGCCCGCGAAGCCUGGGCGCGCUGAUCUCAGCGCGCGCAGGCUUCGGCAUGCCGGCAACUCUCCGCAGCAGCGGCAGUGCUGCCGCUGCUUGCGGAGAG